CACGAUAGCGUGGCCGCUGGACGUGCUGCGGGCAGUGAGAGGUGCGGUGGCUUGUUGACGUCGGGCGGUGCGCCGGAGCCAGGAGUCUUCCCGUCCCCGUCAUGGGGGACCCGGUCUAUCUACCACCGCGCGCCGGUAACGGCAAACACUUCGCCGCACUCACCGAAAUGAUGGCUGGCCAGGAUCCCAGAUGGCAGAAGGACGCGGCAGAUCAGAACUUCGACUAUAUGUUCAAGCUGUUGAUCAUUGGUAACUCCUCGGUGGGAAAGACUUCGUUCUUGUUUCGGUACGCCGACGAUUCCUUCACGUCCGCCUUCGUGUCGACCGUCGGCAUCGACUUCAAAGUGAAGACAGUGUUUCGGCAGGACAAGCGGGUCAAGCUACAAAUAUGGGACACGGCCGGUCAGGAGAGGUACCGGACCAUCACCACGGCAUACUACCGAGGCGCCAUGGGCUUCAUCUUGAUGUACGACAUCACGAAUGAGGAGUCUUUCAAUAGCGUGCAGGACUGGUGA